CCAACAAAAGCCCCAAAGCUCAAGCCCGUUUUCUUUAGCUUAACCGACGUCUACGACCUCAAAUCGGCCCCCCUCUUCCUCUUCCUCUUCCUCUCCCUCCUUCCCACUAUCAUCAUGUCCACUUAUGACCAUUCUAGAGUCCAACAAUUUAUAGGUGGUAACUCACUAGACAAGGCGCCACCAAGUAGCGUACACGAUUUCGUCAAAAAUGCUGGAGGUCACACCGUCAUCACGAAGGUUCUCAUUGCAAACAACGGUAUUGCUGCCGUGAAGGAAAUCCGUUCAAUACGACAAUGGAGUUACGAGACCUUUGGAAGAGAGCGGGAAAUCGAGUUCACCGUCAUGGCCACACCAGAAGAUCUUAAGGUCAAUGCCGAAUACAUUCGUAUGGCUGACCGAUACAUUGAGGUCCCGGGAGGAACCAAUAACAACAACUACGCCAAUGUCGAUCUCAUCAUCGACGUUGCGGAACGUGCCGGAGUCCACGCGGUCUGGGCAGGAUGGGGGCAUGCAUCAGAAAACCCUCGUCUUCCAGAAAGCCUGGCAGCCAGCAAACAUAAGAUCGUGUUCAUCGGCCCUCCAGGGAGUGCCAUGAGAAGUUUGGGAGACAAAAUAUCUUCGACAAUCGUAGCCCAGCAUGCUGCUGUGCCAACUAUGCCUUGGUCUGGUACGGGAAUCAGUGAUACUGUUCUCUCUGAAUCUGGCUAUGUGACCGUCCCAGACAAAGCGUACCAAGAUGCCUGCGUCUCGAGUGUAGAGGACGGCUUGAAGAAGGCCGAGCAGAUAGGUUGGCCUGUCAUGAUUAAAGCCAGUGAAGGAGGUGGAGGAAAGGGCAUCCGAAAAGUUGAGCAUGCCGAUGCGUUCGAAAACGCGUACCGAGCUGUCGUUGGAGAAAUUCCAGGCUCACCGAUCUUCAUCAUGAAGCUCGCCGGACAAGCCCGCCACCUUGAAGUACAGCUUUUAGCCGAUCAGUACGGAAACGCGAUAUCUCUUUUCGGACGUGAUUGCUCUGUACAACGUCGGCACCAGAAAAUUAUCGAGGAGGCCCCCGUGACCAUCGCUGAACCAGAAACGUUCGAACAAAUGGAACGUGCGGCGGUGCGACUGGCAAAACUUGUGGGCUACGUUAGUGCAGGAACAGUAGAAUAUUUGUACAACCACGCGGAGGAUGAUUUCUACUUCCUUGAGCUCAAUCCCCGUCUUCAGGUCGAGCAUCCGACCACUGAGAUGGUUAGUGGUGUCAAUCUUCCCGCCGCGCAGCUUCAAGUUGCUAUGGGUAUUCCUCUCCACCGCAUCCGCCAUAUCCGCCAGCUCUACGGCGUUCAGACCAAUACUGCCUCUGAGAUUGAUUUCGAAAUGAUAAAUCCUGAUUCCGCGCAAGCUCAACGCAAACCUCGACCCAAGGGACACGUCGUUGCUGUUCGUAUUACCGCCGAAAAUCCUGACGCAGGAUUCAAGCCAUCUUCUGGCUCUUUGCAGGAGCUAAACUUCCGGUCCAGCACAAACGUCUGGGGCUACUUCUCCGUCAACUCGGCAGGUGGUUUGCACGAAUUCGCCGACUCUCAGUUCGGUCACAUCUUUGCUUACGGCCAUGAUCGAAGCGAGAGUCGGAAGAACAUGAUUAUCGCGUUGAAAGAGCUCAGUAUUCGUGGAGAUUUCCGAACCACAGUCGAAUACUUGAUCAAACUUCUUGAGCUGGAAGCUUUUAAGAAUAACACCAUCACAACCGGGUGGCUCGACUCCUUAAUCAGUAACCGGUUGACAGCUGAACGGCCCGAUGCCACACUCGCUGUUAUCUGCGGUGCCAUUACCAAGGCAUGCAUCGCUUCCGAGGCAUGCUGGACGGAAUAUAAACGUAUAUUGGAGAAAGGCCAAGUUCCUGCCAAAGAUACAUUGAAAACCAUCUUCAGCAUCGAGUUCAUCUACGAGAAUGUCAGAUAUUCGUUCACCGCGGCCAGAUCGUCUUCAACAGCGUGGACCUUGUAUCUGAAUGGAGGCCGUACCAUGGUUGGUGCUCGGCCCCUUGCUGACGGAGGGUUGUUGGUUCUGCUGGAUGGGAAGAGUCAUUCGAUCUACUGGCGUGAGGAAGUCGGCGCCUUGAGAUUGAUGAUCGAUGCAAAGACAUGCUUGAUUGAGCAGGAAAAUGACCCCACUCAGCUAAGGAGCCCCAGUCCUGGCAAACUCGUCCGUUUUUUCGUGGACAGUGGCGAUCACGUCAACGCCGGAGACCAAUAUGCUGAAAUCGAGGUUAUGAAGAUGUACAUGCCCCUGGUCGCAACGGAGGAUGGUAUCGUACAAUUGAUCAAGCAACCUGGCGUCAGUCUCGAGCCGGGUGACAUUCUUGGUAUUCUAACACUCGAUGACCCAGCGCGGGUUAACCAUGCCAAGCCUUUCGAUGGGCUGCUCCCUGUUAUGGGUACCGCAGCCGUCAUAGGAAGCAAACCGAAUCAACGACUCGUGCAAUGCGUUGGAGUGUUGAACGACAUUCUGGACGGCUUUGAUAACCAAGCCAUUAUGGCGUCUACCGUGAAGGACUUCUUUGGGGUCCUCCAUGAUCAGAACCUUCCUUUCUCUGAACUCAAUGCCAUCUUAUCGUCCCUGUCUGGUCGCAUUCCUGCAAAGUUGGAAGAGAGUAUCCGUGCCGCGCUUGACAAGGCUAAGAGCCAAUUGGAGUUCCCUGCCGUUCGAUUGAAAAAGAUUGUGGAUCACUACAUUGACGACAACACUAUGCCGAAGGACCGUGUGAUUUUCCGUCAGCAAGUGGCUCCGAUUAGUGACGCUAUCGAACGCUAUAUUUCUGGGUUGAAGGGACACGAGGUUGAAGUCUUGUCCAACCUGUUAGGGAAGUACGCCGACACGGAGAAAUUGUUUGGUGGAAGCAUUGAAGCUCGAGUCCUGAGCCUGCGCGAUCAGUACAAGGACGACCUUGACAAGGUUGCCAGUCUGGCGCUCAGUCAUAUCAAAGUCCAAAGCAAAGUCAAGCUCGUUAUGAUGUUGUUGGAACACAUCAAGUCCUCCAACAUGAACGUGUCGAACCCCGAAAGCCGGCUUUAUAAGGUGUUGCAAGACCUUGCCUCUCUGGAAUCUAAAUCUUCAAGCACUGUCUCCCUCAAGGCUCGUGAGGUCCUCAUUAAUGGGCAGAUGCCUUCGUAUGAGGAACGAUUGGUGCAGAUGGAAGCUGUACUCAAAAGUGCUGUUACCGUUCACACCUACGGCGAGCAUGGAUCCAGCUCGAGAACUCCAAAUGCGGAGAUUCUACGAGAACUCAGCGACUCCCGUCACACUGUAUACGACGUCCUAACGGCGUUUUUCAGUCACCCUGACCCUAUGGUGGUCUACGCUGCAUUCGAGGUCUACAUUCGUCGUGCUUAUAAGGCCUACACCCUUCUGUCAAUCGACUAUGAAGAAAGCGGCUCCCGAGACGAAGGUCCAAGCGUCGCAACGUGGCGAUUCAGCGUUGGACAAUCCAACUCUCCUCCCUCGACACCCCGAAUUACCAUGCAGGACAAAUUGACUCGAGCUCAAUCGGUUAGCGAUCUCGGUUUUGUGCUCAGCCGCAAUCAGCCGCGCCCUACGCGAACGGGUGCUAUUACUUCUUUCCCGAACUUUGAAGACCUUGUUGAAGGGUUCUCUUCUGUUGUGACCAUACUUCCUGUGUUUGAUGCAGACGAGUGGAAACAGCGUUACGGCAAUCCUAACUCUCUUCCGAAUGUAAUCAACGUCGCUUUGCGUCUCUUCGAUGAAGCAGAUGACAUACCGGAAGAAGCUUUGUUGGAGAAACUGACUAAAUUUAUUAACAGCCAGUCCAGCAUUCUCGCUCGUCGUGGGGUUGGCCGUAUUUCGAUCAUGCUUUGUCGACGGGGACAAUAUCCCGUGUAUAUCACGCUUCGUCAGGCCAAUAACGUAUGGGGAGAAGAGAAAUCCAUCCGUAACAUCGAGCCUGCCCUCGCCUAUCAAUUGGAGCUUCGUCGUCUUUCCAACUACAACCUCAAGCCUUGUUUUGUGGAAAGCAAGCAGAUACACAUCUAUCAUGCUGUAGCCCGGGAGAAUCAGCUCGAUAACAGAUUCUUCGUUCGCGCACUGGUCCGACCUGGAAAGAUCCGCGGAUCCAUGAGCAUGGCUGAGUAUUUGAUUUCGGAAACUGAUCGCCUGGUGACAAGCGUUCUGGAUGCCUUGGAGCUUGUCAGUGCAGUACACAGGAACGCUGACUGCAACCACAUCUUCAUGAAUUUCAUCUACAAUCUCGUCGUUACCUACGAGGACGUACUCGCUGCCAUUUCUGGCUUCAUUGAACGCCACGGAAAGCGCUUGUGGCGACUACAUGUUACUGGUUCCGAAAUCAGAAUCACUCUGGAAGACAAUGAAGGAAACGUUACUCCCAUUCGCUGCAUCAUCGAGAACGUAUCAGGAUUCAUUGUCAACUUUCAUGGCUACCAGGAGAUAACCACUGAUAAAGGCGUUACUUUACUGAAAUCCAUUGGCGAGAAGGGUCCUCUUCACCUCCAACCCGUUCAUCAUAAUUAUCCCACCAAGGAGUCGCUCCAACCCAAACGUUACCAGGCGCACCUUAUUGGUACAACCUACGUGUACGACUUCCCCGAUUUGUUCUCCAAAGCUCUCCAAAAUGUUUGGGCCGAAGCUCGCAAGAACGACGCCAAUCUCUCAUCCCCUAAAGUUCUACUUGAGUCUCGAGAACUCGUACUCGAUGAGCACGAUCAGUUGACAGAGGUCGACAGAGCCCCAGGCAACAAUACCUUCGGAAUGGUUGCAUGGGUGUUCACGAUGAGAACGCCUGAGUAUCCUCAAGGUCGGAAAGUAGUGGCCGUAGCUAACGAUAUCACUUUCAAGAUCGGUUCCUUCGGUCCUACCGAAGAUCAGUUCUUCUACCAGGUCACCCAGUAUGCUAGAGAGUUGGGUUUACCUCGUAUAUACCUAUCCGCCAACUCAGGUGCCCGCCUUGGUUUGGCUGAAGAGAUUUUGCCGUUCUUCUCUGCUGCUUGGAAUGAUGACGCACAUCCCGAGAAGGGCGUUAGUUACCUCUACCUCACCCACGAAAAUUAUCUCAAGGUUUCAGAAAAAGGUGCAGAGGCAGUUCAAACGGUGGAAAUCGAGGUCAACGGCGAACGUCGCCAUAAGAUCACUGCGAUCAUUGGUUUGCAGGAUGGUUUGGGUGUGGAGUCGUUGAGGGGAUCUGGUCUUAUCGCAGGAGAGACCUCUAGGGCAUAUGACGAUAUCUUCACCAUCACCCUUGUAACCGCACGAUCUGUCGGUAUCGGUGCCUACCUCGUCCGUCUUGGAGAGCGAGCGGUACAAGUGGAAGGCCAGCCAAUUAUUCUCACUGGUGCACCAGCACUCAACAAGGUUCUGGGACGCGAAGUUUACACCUCCAACUUACAGCUCGGAGGGACGCAGAUCAUGUUCAAGAACGGAGUGUCUCAUCUCACCGCCAACAGCGACCUUCAGGGGGCCUCCCAUAUUUUGGAAUGGAUGUCAUAUGUUUCGGAAGUCCGCGGUGGUCCAUUACCUGUCCGAGAGACUGCAGACUCCUGGGACCGAGAAAUUGGCUACACUCCCCCAAAAGGGGCAUACGAUGCUCGCUGGUUCAUCGGUGGUAAGACCGAUGAAACUACAAAUGAAUGGCUGAGUGGAUUCUUUGACAAAGGUUCCUUCCAGGAAACUCUCAGUGGGUGGGCACAGACUGUGGUUGUUGGAAGAGCUAGGCUUGGUGGUAUCCCCAUGGGUGUCAUUGCUGUGGAAACAAGGACAAUCGAGCGGAUUGUUCCUGCGGACCCCGCCAAUCCCUCGUCGUUCGAGCAGCGAAUUAUGGAAGCCGGUCAAGUCUGGUACCCCAACUCCGCCUACAAGACAGCUCAGGCGAUCUUUGACUUCAACCGGGAAGGCCUCCCUCUCCUCAUAUUCGCGAAUUGGCGUGGAUUCUCCGGAGGACAGCAGGACAUGUAUGACGAGGUCUUGAAACAAGGUUCCAAGAUCGUCGAUGGCUUGUCAAGUUACAAGCAACCCGUUUCGGUAUAUAUUAUCCCUAACGGUGAACUUCGUGGUGGAGCUUGGGUCGUGCUCGAUCCUUCUAUCAACUCUGAACAGAUGGAGAUGUAUGCCGAUACUGAAGCUCGUGCCGGCGUCCUUGAGCCGGAGGGUUUGGUUGAAAUCAAGCUGAGACGUGACAAACUUUUAUCCUUGAUGGACCGAAUGGACCGAGAGUAUGCUUCGCUUAAGAAAGCUAGCAAGGACGAGUCGAAGACGGCAGAUGAACGUGCUACUGCGACAAUGACUUUGGCUAAACGAGAGAUCCUCUUGACCCCUACCUACAAGCAAAUCGCUCUUCUGUUUGCAGACCUUCAUGAUCGAACGGGACGUAUGGAAGCUAAGGGUUGUGCCAUGGCCUGCAACUGGAAAGAUUCUCGCCGAUUCUUCUAUUGGAACUUCCGUGCUCGUAUAGCUCGCUCCCGGGCGCUUGCGACACUCGCCGAAGCCAGUCCAAGCUCUACAAAGGAGUAUAGGACUCGUCUGUUGAAUUCGAUUACAUCAAUUGGACCCGAAGCCAACCAUCGCGAGAUUGCCCAGAAGCUCGAAAAAGUUGACCUUUCACUGACGGUUGCACAACUCAGAGCGGACCACCUAGUUCGCAGCAUGCUUGACCUUGCCCGUGACGAUCGUAAAACAAUUGUAAAUGGACUCACACGCCUUGCAGAACAGCUCUCGGAGGAUGAACGUUCCUCCUUGGUUGCUGUCCUCCAAAACGUCAAUCGCUCUCCAGGCCCUCCUUCUUACGCUAAUUCUAACUAGUUGGUCUGGAGCGUUUUCACAUGCUCUGGACUUCUGCACCGUUCUGCACCGUUUUCGUCUCAUGAUAUGUAACCACACCGUUGCUCAUUCUCGCAAUGUUUUGAUACAAUACUUCGCUGAUAGUUGUUGGAUUAUAGAAAUAUUUUACUGGCCCUUUUCUCAUCGAAUCAGAAUAUUGUCUAACUCGUCAAUGCUGCGGAAAGCACGUGCCGACUCAUUCAUACCGGGUUUGCAUCGCAUCAUUAAUCGGCCAGUUGUUCGGUCUGACGGCUCUCCAACCUCUC